AUGACAUACCUUACACAAAAUCUCGACAUCAAGGCAUUUAUAUUACCCGUUUCCAUUGAAAUUAUUCCAAUCUACAAAUCUGGUGCCAAAUGUGAUGUCAACAACUACAGGCCCAUAGCCAUACUCUGCGCUGUCAGUAAAGUUCUCGAGCGUCAUAUUCACAAUCAUCUUUACCAGUUUCUCGUGAGUCAUAACUUAUUACAUCAUGCCCAAUCUGGUUUUCGAAGAAAUCACUCGUGUGAAACAGCGCUAUGCAAACUUGUCGAUAUGUGGACAUCCAACAUGGAGAGCGGCCUCAUAAAUGGGGCAGUAUUUAUUGAUCUACGCAAAGCUUUCGACAUGGUAGAUACAGAUUUGUUAUUACGAAAACUUGCGGUUUACAAAUGUGAUGAUUUGACAUUAUCCUGGUUUAAGUCAUACCUGCAAGAAAGAGACCAAUGUGUGCACUUUAAAGGAUCUUUGUCAUCUAAGAAAUCUUCUCUGUAUGGUGUCCCCCAAGGAAGUAUUCUAGGACCUUUAUUGUUUAUAAUGUUUAUCAAUGAUCUUCCAUUAUAUGCCAAUUCCAACACAGACAUGUAUGCUGAUGAUUCGACAAUCCAUACAAGUGCUAGAACAGUUGAGGAACUCAAUAAUAAAUUAACUGAGGAUAUGACAAACGUUCAAGCUUGGUGUACUAACAACAACAUGGUAAUAAAUGACGGUAAAACGAAGGCAAUGAUGAUAACAACAUCUCAGCGCGCAGCCACAUUAAAUUCAAAUCUACGAGUAGAAUUUAACGGUGUCCAGUUAAAGAAUACCAACAAUGAGAAAAUACUUGGGGUUGUUAUGAAUGAACAUCUUUCCUGGAAACAGCAGAUUGACAAAGUAGCAAAAUCUCUAAUUAAAGGAAUUCAUCUUCUGAGACAGAUCAAAGAAUAUUUGCCUAUUGGUCACCGAGUAAUUUACUACAAGUGUUUCUUACAACCUCAUGUAGAUUAUUGCUGUACAGUUUGGGGACAAUCAUGUCAUAUUAUUCGCAUACAUAAACUCCAAAAGUUAGCUCUGAGAAUUAUUUACGACAAACCGAAGCUAACCUCUUCUGGGCCACUAUUUAAAGCUGCUGGAGUCCUGCCUAUACAGCAAAGAGUAAUGCUACGAACAGCAAUAAUGGUAUAUAAAUCAUUAAACAACUGGGUACCCAAGUACAUAAGUGACUUAUUUGUCUUAAAGUCAUCAGUGACAAAACGAAUUACAAGAAGCUCAGAGAACAACGAACUGUGGAUACCGCGAACGAAACUAACAAUUAGGCAGAAAACGUUGAAAUUCAGUGGUGCAACAUUAUAUAACAGUUUACCACGUGCGACCAGACAAUCAACGUCAUUAAGCUCCUUUAUAAUAAGAGCCUAUAAAUACUUUUUAGAUACUUAUAUAUAAGUUAUUUGUUUGUACGACUUUUAUAUGUUCUUGUUGUACUGAUGUCCAAUUUAAUGUGUAGUUUUAAUAGUAAAUUUGUAAUAAGUAGACGAUAACAGUUGAACAGAAGGCCCAGUGUAAGAUUAGCGUUGCUAAACUGGUUUUUGUAUAAUUGCACCUUCUUUAAAUAAAGUUUAUUAUUAUUAUUAUUAUUAUUAUUAUUAUUAAAUGGUAGUAACUUGACCAUUUAAUGAUGAAUACCCCACCUUUUCCAAGUUCCGUCACAGUAAACAUCGCACUGGAGUGUUUUGUCAUAACUGUUAUUGUCAUGGUGUAACUCCUUACCAGCAUUCCCCAUCAUAUCAGUGUUGCCCUGGGAGCCAUUAGAAUAAUAAAUCAUAUGCGUAUAGAAUAUGUAAUCAACCUGCGAGAGAAUAAAAGGCGAUAAUCAGAGAGACACUGAAGCAGAACGAACGAACUCGUGUUGAAGUAGAACCGAUUAAGGAGUGGUCUACACACUGAUGAAAUAACUUGAUAAAGUAAACCGAAAGAAAUACACGUUAUCAACGUCGCACUUUACAUUAUAUGGGAAAGGUGGAUCUUCAAUGAUCAAAUGCUCUGGUAUAGUCUUCAGUGACUUGAGCAAUACACUACGUGGGUCUUCAAUGAUCAAACGCUCUGGUAUAGUCUUUAGUGACUUGAGCAACACACUCAGCUGUAAACGUGUGAAGACGAAGUUAUUUGGAGAUAGGAGUAGUGGAAUUGACAGCGGGGAUCGUUAUCAAAACCCUGGUAAACUUAACGAGCGCUCUCAAAAUCGGGAUUGUCAGGACUAG